AAAAUAAACUUAAGCUCUAGAAGAGUCUUAAUAAAUCUAUAAGUCAAUGUCAUCUAACAUAGAUUCUGUUGAAAAUCCAGGAUCUUCUUUAGAAGAUGAUGAUGUAAAUUUUGGAGGAUUAGUAUCAGCAGAUUCUUUUGAAUUUGGAGAUUUUCAUGAAAAUCUUGCAGAUAUUUCUUUAGACGGUGUUUAUGAUUUUCAACCGGUAUGAUUCGUAACAAAGAUACAUUUUGCUUGUUAAACACAUGUAUGAAUAGCCUGCUAUUGAUUAUGAUGACUGGUCAUCAAUCAUGUCUAAAAUUCCAGAAAUUGUGGAUACUAUAUUAGGCCCUGAAAUAGAUUCUUCUGAUUCUUCUUUAGAACAAGAUUCAGCAUUAGAACAUGAUAUAUCUGUUUCAGAUAAUUCCAAACAUUUUUUAGAAUCAGGUUGUCGUCUCUGGGAAAAAUAUUUAGCAUCACAAGAUCUUCCUCCUUUAUCUUGGGAAACAUCUCAUACUCGUCAAAUGUUUCUUAUGUCCCUUAAUAUUCCGUUGAACCUGGAUGAUACAUCUCCAUCCAAUAAAAAAACAAAAGACAAUUCUGUUUCACCAAUAAAAAUAUCAUCAGAUGCCUCAUUUAAAGACACUUUCUUAAAACAUGAAUCUUUAACAAAUAACAAUACAUUGUCUCAUGAUCUUGAUACUCAUAUGAUACGCCUUAUUCAUCUAAAAUCUGACGAAGCUUUGCUUAAUCUUUCUCCAAUUUUACUCAAAUCACAUUUACUCGAGUUAGAAAUUAUUCUGGAAAAAUCUUCUGCAUAUCUUUCUCAUUGGAUUGAAAAAAAGAAGGAAAUAGAAAAUGAUAAACUCCUCUUUGAAAAGAUUAUUGAAAGUCUUGUUCAACAUACAAAACGACAACGUAUUGAACAUAUUAAAAAAACAUAUAACCUUAAAAAAAAAUCUUAACAAUAAUACUAUAAUCUUUAAAAAUAUAUUUAAACAUUAUUAAAUUUCUAUACUAAA